CCCCGCCACGUCACACUGAGACACGUCAUCAGUCACAACAAACAUGGCGGAUGCCGGUGCAUCAAUGACUCUAGCGACAAUUUCACUGAUAGGUUUCGCAUUACUGGCAGGGUUUUACCUGACCACUUUAAAUGCACUAUGGACACUGAUCUCCGUUACUGUUACUGCCGUGUUGGUGUCCCAGUUAUUGCAGAAGUUACGGAGAAGAGACGCGUUGACGGAGCGGCGUGUAUGUGUGCUGGUUCUGGGGGAUAUCGGACGCAGCCCUCGCAUGCAGUACCAUGCCCUUUCACUCAGCAAACACGGCUACAGCGUAACGUUUGUUGGAUUCCCUGGUACCAAGCCUCAUCAGGAUGUGAUUGGAGAUGAGAGGAUCACAAUCAUCCCAAUCACAGAACUUAAAGGACUCCAAGUGGGUCCUAGGGUGGUGAGCUAUGUUACCAAGGUGAUUCUCCAGUCCCUGCAGCUUCUCCUGGUGUUAUUGAAGACUGAUGUCCAGUCCCAUAUUCUCAUGCAGAAUCCUCCAGGACUGCCCAGUAUAGUGGUGACGUGGCUGGUGUGUGGUCUGAGAGGAUCCAGGUUCAUCAUUGACUGGCACAACUACGGCUACACCAUCAUGGCCCUCUCACACGGCCCGGACCACCCCAUCGUCAGGCUGGCACAGUGGUAUGAGCAGUUGUUUGGGCGACUCUCCAGCCAUAACCUUUGUGUCACCAACGCUAUGAAGGAAGACCUCCAGAACAACUGGAACAUCAGGGCGACCACAUUGUAUGACAAGCCACCUGCUAUCUUCAAGGAGACUUCAGUAGACCUAAAGCACCAGCUGUUCAUGAGGCUGGCCAAGACGAUUCCUCAGUUCCGUUUCUGUGGUGAGCGACCUGGUGAUGAGACAGAGAGAACAGCGUUUUCAUGUCGUGACCCCAGUGACUUUUCUGUGACUUUGACCUCAGGUCGACCUGCCCUACUGAUCAGCAGCACCAGCUGGACCGAGGAUGAGGACUUCUCCAUUCUGCUGAAGGCUCUGGAAGACUACGAGGGGUUUGUGGAAGCAGGAGCCUCUCUUCCCUCACUGGUCUGUGUCAUCACAGGUAAGGGUCCUCAGAAGGACCACUACAGGAAGCUGAUCGACACCCUGCGCUUUGAGCAUGUGAAGAUCUGUACUCCAUGGCUGGAGGCAGAGGACUACCCUGUUCUGCUAGGCUCAGCAGAUCUGGGUGUUUGUCUCCAUAAGUCGUCCAGUGGUCUGGACCUGCCUAUGAAGGUGGUGGACAUGUUUGGCUGCUGUCUGCCUGUCUGUGCCAUCCACUUCUACUGUCUACAUGAGCUGGUGAAGCACGAGGAGAACGGGUUGAUCUUCAAAGACUCUGAGGAACUAUCUGGACAGCUCAAGUCUCUGCUGUGGGACUUCCCUGACUGUGAGGAUGAGGGCAAACUGGGUCAGUUCAGGAGGAACCUCCGGGCCAGUGGGGGGCAGCGGUGGGACCAGAACUGGGACCAGAACGUCCUGCCUCUCCUCACUGCACCCUGACUCCCCUGUUAGACAGAGCUCUUUACAGCAGCUGACUCAUCCCCUCUCUACAUCUUCGCUCCGUCUCAAACCCACUUCUUGAGCCUCCAAUCUUGAACAUUUUAACAGACGCUCUUAUCCAGAACGACUUACAGGAGCAAUUAGGGUUAAGUGCCUUGUUCAAGGGCACAUCCACAGAUGUUUACCUAGUCUGCUCGGGAUUCAAACCAGUGACUUUUCGGUUACUGGCCCAAUGCUCUGAACCGCUAGGCUACCUGCUCUGAACCGCUAGGCUACCUGCUCUGA